AUUUGAAUACCCAAGCUGCCAGUUGAGUUCCUUCUCGAAAAGCCAACUUCACGCUCAAUUUUCUCCAGACGUGCAGGACAGCAGGAGUAGGGAAUUAAGAGAGAUAGUGCAAGUUAAGGACCGGUACUCUAUUGGAAAAUAGUUUUUUGGUCUAAAUGUAUGAAGAAACAGUCAGGAAAGAAUGACGAGUCGACUUUGACAACAUCACCCACCUCAGAAAGCAAAAGAAAAUGUUUAGAAAAAGAAUGCAGACUACUUUUAUAAUUUUCAUAAAGCCAUUUUUCUAACUUAUAGGCCAAGCAUUACACAGUAUAAAGAAAACUUCCCAACGCUCAAAGAAAUUACUAAUAAUUACAUAUUUGCAUGAGAAACUUUACAGAACCUUUUUUGACAUUUCAUCUUUUUUCUUAUUUUGAAACCUUGCUUUAUAAGUUUCAAAUAGUAAGAUGGUCCUUAUGAAAAAGUUGGUCUUUAAAGUAUAAAAGUUUAUGCCUUUUUGCGACAAUAUAGUUUGUCUCCAAAGUUUCCAAGCAAGUGACUCAUAAUUUACUAGUACUACUUUUUUAAGUGUAAAACAUGAGUCAUGCUUGUACUAUUAUACUUGAAUUGCACCCCAAGAAGGCUUAAUUAAAGAAAUCUCACUAUUUGUAAAUCUAAUAUUUUUCUAAUUCUAGUUGAAGAUUCAUGAGUACCAUAGAAACGUUAUAUAUAGUUCUUACCUGUUUUAUAUAUUAAAAAUCACCUUACUUAGCUUUAGUUUAAAGAGGUCAGAAACGAAAAUAAUGAAGAUGCAUGGUAACCAUAUUUCAUGAUUAUUGAUGUUCCCUUGCCUUCAAGAAGGGGGGAAAUCAAAUGCUUGACUCAAAAAGGAAGGCAUUGACCAUCAUUAGUGUCUCCCUUCUUUGACAAUGUUACCAUAUAUAUAACAAUGAUUGCCUAAUUAUAUUUAGCAUCUAAUUCUAAUUAUUUAUUCGCUUAUAUAUUGUAUUAUCUCGUAUAAAAAUGGGAUGUGCAAGGCUUUUAAAGUAAAAGUAACUACACGUCCCUUCCAAAAGAAAAAAAACAACUAGCUACGAGGUAACAAUAUGACGAGUUAGUAGUGGCUAUGUUCAACAUUUUCGUGUAAUUGAGAAGAAAGACUGUGUGAUUUGUGUAUACGUACAUUUGUAGAGGAUGAGGUCCUUAUUAAUAUACACUACAAAGUGUAUACUGAAAAAUGCUUUAUCCAUGUUUUCUUUUUAAGAGCAAAGAAUCAUAUGCAAAUUUGAUUUUUUGAGCUUCCGUUUGGCCAUAAAUUUGACUUUAUUUUUUAAUUUUUUUUAAAAAUAAUGUUUGUUUAUGGAAUAUGAUCAUGUUUUGGAAAAAAAGAUUUCAAAGUUUUCAAGUUCCAAUUCCAAAAAAGAUUUCAAAGUUUUCAAGUUCCAAAAAACUUGUUUAGAGCGCGAAUUUUUUUCUUCCACUCACAAGUCACAAUUCGACUUUUCUUCAAAUAAAAUGCAUGUCCAAACACAACUUCAACUUUCAAACAUUAUUUUUUAACAUAAUUUCAAAAACUAUUUCUUUAAAUUUCAAUCAAAUUUAUGCCCAAACGGUAGCUAAAUCUUUCCUUGGGUAAGGUGGGUGUGCUGCAGUCAAAAAAAUUAUAUUAGUCAUGAGCAAGUCAAAUAUAGCUGUAUUUGAUAAGUGCCUUAAAAUUCAGUCUGGCCUACACGUAAGCAAUUAUAAUUUUGUUACUUUAACCAAUAGUUAAACAUAAAUUAUUCAGUGUACUAACCGGGUAACAGUAGUAUAUAAGUUCAAAACUGCCCUUUUAAAUGAAUACUUCAAUCGAUUUGUCAAAGACACCAAGUCAAGCAUCUCUCUCUCUCUUAUCUUUUUCAGGCUUACCAAUUACAUAAUUUUAUUACAGAGUAGUUAUAAAGAUAAGAAAUUCUAUUGUAAUAAUUGGUAGGUUAAAUUUUGAUAUGACAGAAAAUAAUACUAUAACAGAUAUUCAGAGGGAUUACAACAGUGGACAUGGCUCGAGGGGUUCAUGGCCCCCAAUACUCUAGGUAAUUUAACAUAUUAUAAGAUCUACUACUAUUUAUUCCAAUCAAACUCGCUAUAUAUCUACGUUAAUCGCAAACAUCUUAUGUAAUAUUUUAUAUAGAUGUGUCAGUUAACAACUGAUAUAAUGUAAAUUAGAAAGACUCUAAGGAAUGUUUUUAAGUGCCCCACCAAAUCACCUAAGUCUUUAUGGUAUCAAUAUUAGUAAUUAAAAGAAGUGGGUCGCAUCCCAUGCACGUCACAGCAGUAGUAGAAAUCAUAAAAACAGCUAAGAGCUAAACAAGUGGCUUCUUUUUAAACUGCCCAAUCUUUUGGUAGCUUUGUGGACCUUUAGAUGGAAGUUAUCAAAAUGGGAGCCUUCUGCUUAACGCCAAGUUCCCCUACCAUACAUUUUGGGAAAAUUUCUUCCUUUUAAUUAAAGCUAGAAGAGUACUUGGAGGCAAAAAUUAAAAGGUAAAAGGAAAAAAAUUUACCCCUUCUUUAAUUAUUACUCCAUCCGAUCUACUUUAAUUGUUUUUUGACCUUUUAAUUUUUCAGAAACUUUUUUUUUCCAAAAUUGCCCUUGGAGUAAAGAGCCUAGGAGUAUUUGUUAUAGUUCCAACGAACAAAUUAAGGUUAAUAUGGUUAAUUUUAUUAGUUAAUUAAUGCUAAAAAAUGGAUGAAAACAGUCAAAAAAAUCAAUUAAAGUCCGGAAGGAGUAAUGAAUAAAAGUAGAAUUAAUGACUCAAAAUUAAUGGCAACUCAAUAAAUCAAACAAAAGGAGUAAACUUUCCGAUCGAGACAUACAAGAGCAAUGGGAAUCCUUCGAGACAUACGCCAACCAAAUUAUUCUUUAGUCACGUGUCUCUCCUUCCCAGCAAACUUAUAAGAUAUUAUAAUAGCUAAUCAAUCUCAUUUUCUUUUAGUUCCUAGCUACUUCGCCUAUAUAUAAACUCUUCACUUCAUUUUUAAUCUCAAUAAACAUAAAACACAAGAAAUUAUUGCAUUUCUUCCAAGAGUUCUGAAUAUCAACCAUGGUUUCUGAGAGAAAUUUGUCCAAGAAUGUGUGCGUGAUUGGUGCCGGACCGUCAGGAUUGGUGGCUGCGAGGGAGCUGAGGAAGGAAGGGCACAAUGUGGUGGUUUUAGAACAAAACCAUGAUGUAGGAGGGCAAUGGCUAUAUGAACCUAAAGUUGAACAUGAAGAUCCUUUAGGAAGGACUAAUGUCCAAAAUGUACAUAGCAGUAUUUAUGCAUCAUUAAGGCUCACUUCUCCAAGAGAGAUCAUGGGAUUUACUGAUUUUCCAUUUGUGGUGAAGAAAGGGAGGGAUUCAAGGAGAUUUCCUGGCCAUAGGGAACUUCUCUUGUAUUUAAAAGAUUUUUGUGAAUACUUUAGAUUAAGGGAGAUGAUAAGGUUGAAUACUAAGGUUGAGUAUGUGGGUAUGUUGAAUUAUCCUGAGUUUGGUAAGGAUUUGAGAUGGAUUGUGAAGAGCAAAGAGAAGGAGUCUGAGAUGGGGGUGGAGGAAGUCUUUGAUGCUGUGGUUGUUGCAACUGGUCAUUACUCUCAACCAAGGUUGCCAAACAUUAAAGGAAUGGAUGCGUGGAGAAGAAAGCAGAUGCAUAGCCACAUUUACAGGGUUCCAAACCCCUUCCAGGAUGAGGUGGUUGUGGUGGUUGGAAACUCACUAAGUGGUCAAGAUAUAGGAAUGGAGCUUGUAGAUGUGGCAAAGGAGAUCUAUCUCAGCGCCAAAUCUCUUGACGUUUCUGAAGGAUUGUCUAAAGUUAUAUCCAAGCACAAUAAUUUACAUCUUCGUCCUCAGAUAGAUUCAUUACAUGAAGACGGGAGGGUUUUGUUCGAAGAUGGCACUUUAGUUGUUGCAGACACUAUCAUAUACUGUACAGGGUACUCCUACUCCUUCCCAUUUCUUGACACCAAAGGAAUUGUAGUAGUUGAUGAUGACAGAGUGGGGCCCCUUUACGAGCAUACCUUCCCCCCUUCUCUUGCUCCCUCUCUCUCCUUCAUUGGUGUACCUCGAAAGCUCAUAGGGUUUCCUUUCUUUGAGUCACAAGCAAAAUGGAUUGCUCAGCUGCUGUCUGGGAAAAGAACACUGCCAUCAUGGGAUGAAAUGAUGCAGUCCAUCAAGGAAUUUUAUAGUUCAAGAGAAGUUGCUGGCAUUCCAAAGCACAAUACCCAUGAUAUUGCUAACUUUGAGUAUUGUGACAAGUAUGGAGACAAUAUAGGAUUCCCACACUUAGAAGAAUGGAGGAAAGAACUCUGCCUAUCAGCACUAAGAAAUGCAGAUAUAAACUUGGAUACAUAUCGGGAUUCAUACGAUGACGGCGAGAUGCUACAAGAAGCUUAUCAAAGCCCACACUUCACUCACCUUGGUCCCGAGGCUUUUUGAAUCUGAAAGCAUCUAUAGAUACAGAUGUUUAAGAUGGAGUGCGGCCAAUUAUAAUUCAUUUAUUUUCUGGAGUAGAUUUGGUCAACUAUUUAGUAUACUUCGUAUUUACUAGCUUCUACCAGAGUGGAAAGAAAUUUUUUAUAUAUUACACUCGGCUUCAUCCGUACCUAUGAAAAAAAGGGCAGAAAGAAUAUCUGGUAGAAUGCUCGACUGUGUAAGAAAAGAUGAGGAUAUUCAUGAAGAAAUUUUUGUUUUCUUUCUAUUAAAGAAUUUUAGCUUCAAGGCUAUUCUCUAGAAACUAUUGUAGGAUAUGUGAAGUGAAGUCCAUUUAUAAGACUCGCAUUCAUGUUC